ACCUUUGCUGAUGGCGGCGGCGGUGGCGGCGGCGGUGCUGGUGGCGCUCGGCGGCCGGAGCCGGAUCCUGUAGCCGGGUGUGGGCCCGCGUCGGUCCUUCCCUCCUUCGGCCCUCUCUCUUGUCUUCCGGAGUGUGGCUGGCGGAGCCGGGAUGGCGGAACGAGGCCUGGAGCCGUCGCCGGCCGCGGUGGCGGCGCUGCCGCCUGAAGUGCGGGCGCAGCUGGCGGAGCUGGAGCUGGAGCUCUCGGAGGGGGACAUCACCCAGAAGGGCUAUGAAAAGAAAAGGUCCAAACUCCUAUCUCCUUACAGCCCGCAGACACAAGAAACUGAUUCAGCAGUACAGAAAGAACUUAGAAACCAGACACCUGCUCCAUCUACAGCUCAAACUUCUGCUCCCUCUAAGUACCACCGAACUCGAUCCGGGGGAGCCAGGGAUGAACGAUAUCGAUCAGAUAUCCACACAGAAGCAGUUCAGGCUGCACUGGCAAAGCAUAAAGAACAGAAGAUGGCUUUGCCCAUGCCAACCAAAAGGCGAUCCACAUUUGUUCAGUCUCCUGCAGAUGCCUGCACGCCUCCUGACACAUCUUCGGCCUCUGAGGAUGAGGGCUCUCUGAGACGCCAAGCUGCGCUCUCUGCUGCCUUGCAACAGAGCUUACAGAAUGCUGAGUCCUGGAUCAACCGUUCAAUUCAGGGAUCGUCCACUUCUUCAUCCGCGUCUUCUACGCUGUCCCACGGAGAGGUCAAAGGAACCAGUGGGUCUCUAGCUGAUGUAUUUGCCAAUACUCGAAUAGAGAAUUUCUCUGCUCCUCCUGAUGUCACUACAACUACCUCUUCCUCCUCCUCAUCUUCCUCAAUUCGCCCAGCAAACAUUGACCUGCCCCCCUCGGGGAUAGUUAAAGGCAUGCACAAAGGAUCCAACAGGUCCAGCCUUAUGGAUACAGCUGACGGUGUUCCUGUCAGUAGCAGAGUAUCCACAAAAAUCCAGCAGCUUCUGAACACUCUGAAACGACCCAAAAGGCCCCCCUUAAAGGAAUUUUUUGUAGAUGACUCUGAAGAAAUUGUGGAAGGUAUACCUCAGCCAGACCCCAACCAGCCCAAGCCGGAGGGACGGCAGAUGACCCCUGUGAAAGGAGAGCCUUUAGGAGUCAUCUGUAACUGGCCUCCUGCUCUUGAAUCUGCCCUGCAGCGCUGGGGUACCACUCAAGCAAAAUGCUCCUGUCUGACUGCACUGGACAUGACAGGGAAACCAGUUUACACUCUUACAUAUGGAAAGUUGUGGAGCAGAAGUUUAAAGUUGGCCUACACACUUCUUAAUAAACUGGGGACCAAAAAUGAACCUGUGUUAAAACCUGGAGACAGGGUAGCCCUGGUUUACCCCAACAAUGAUCCAGUCAUGUUUAUGGUGGCUUUUUAUGGAUGCCUCCUGGCAGAAGUGAUUCCAGUGCCUAUAGAGGUACCUCUUACCAGAAAGGAUGCUGGAGGUCAGCAGAUUGGCUUCUUGCUAGGAAGCUGUGGUAUUGCCUUAGCUCUUACCAGUGAAGUUUGUCUAAAAGGACUGCCAAAAACCCAGAAUGGAGAAAUUGUACAGUUUAAAGGUUGGCCCCGGCUCAAAUGGGUUGUAACAGAUUCCAAGUACCUUUCAAAGCCCCCGAAAGACUGGCAGCCACACAUCUCACCUGCUGGGACAGAACCGGCGUACAUUGAGUAUAAAACAAGCAAAGAAGGGAGUGUAAUGGGAGUUACAGUGUCCCGGCUUGCAAUGUUGUCUCACUGCCAAGCUCUGUCGCAGGCCUGCAAUUAUUCUGAAGGGGAAACAAUAGUAAAUGUCUUAGACUUUAAGAAGGAUGCUGGGCUGUGGCACGGCAUGUUUGCGAAUGUAAUGAAUAAGAUGCACACAAUUAGCGUACCCUACUCUGUUAUGAAAACCUGUCCUCUCUCUUGGGUCCAAAGAGUACAUGCUCACAAAGCCAAGGUAGCUUUAGUAAAAUGUCGGGACUUGCACUGGGCUAUGAUGGCACAUCGGGACCAAAGAGACGUGAGCUUGAGUUCCCUCCGAAUGUUAAUUGUGACUGAUGGAGCUAACCCCUGGUCCGUGUCAUCCUGUGAUGCCUUCCUGAGUCUGUUCCAAAGCCAUGGACUGAAGCCUGAGGCCAUCUGUCCGUGCGCCACGUCUGCUGAAGCCAUGACUGUAGCAAUCCGCAGGCCUGGAGUUCCAGGAGCCCCUUUGCCAGGAAGAGCCAUUCUCUCAAUGAAUGGAUUGAGCUAUGGGGUAAUACGGGUCAAUACCGAAGAUAAAAAUUCAGCACUGACAGUCCAGGAUGUGGGGCAUGUAAUGCCUGGUGGGAUGAUGUGCAUUGUGAAACCAGAUGGACCUCCCCAGCUCUGCAAAACAGAUGAAAUUGGAGAAAUCUGUGUUAGCUCCAGAACUGGAGGCAUGAUGUACUUUGGGCUUGCCGGUGUGACAAAAAAUACAUUUGAGGUAAUUCCAGUGAAUUCUGCAGGCUCUCCUGUUGGGGAUGUGCCAUUCAUCCGAUCAGGAUUGCUGGGGUUUGUAGGGCCGGGUAGUUUGGUGUUCGUGGUUGGGAAAAUGGAUGGCUUACUGAUGGUUAGUGGUCGGAGACAUAACGCUGAUGACAUUGUUGCUACUGGAUUGGCUGUAGAGGCAAUAAAGACUGUUUAUAGAGGAAGGCACACUGGCCUUCUUGCUGUUCCUCAAACCUGCCAAGCUCGUCCCUACCUCAGAACCUUUUCGCUUUCCGUUCCUUCUGCCCGGAAACCUCUUCCUCCAGAUCUUCGCGUGGCUCGCGUCCUCACCUCAUUCAGAAUUGCUGUGUUUUCUGUGUCUGUAUUUUAUGAUGAGCGCAUUGUGGUGGUUGCGGAACAAAGACCUGAUGCUUCCGAGGAAGAUAGUUUCCAGUGGAUGAGCCGCGUGCUGCAGGCGAUCGAUAGCAUUCAUCAAGUGGGGGUUUAUUGUCUUGCUCUGGUGCCGGCCAAUACAUUGCCAAAAACUCCACUAGGAGGAAUUCAUAUAUCUCAGACGAAACAACUCUUUCUGGAGGGAUCGCUGCAUCCUUGCAAUAUCCUCAUGUGCCCACAUACAUGUGUGACAAACUUGCCAAAGCCCCGGCAAAAACAACCAGGUGUAGGCCCUGCUUCCGUGAUGGUUGGGAAUCUGGUUGCUGGAAAACGUAUAGCACAAGCUGCUGGAAGGGAUCUGGGACAAAUAGAAGAGAAUGAUUUGGUGAGGAAGCACCAGUUUCUGGCAGAGAUCCUACAGUGGCGAGCCCAGGCGACUCCUGACCAUGUACUCUUCAUGCUGUUAAAUGCCAAGGGAACCACUGUAUGCACAGCCAGCUGCCUUCAGCUUCAUAAACGAGCAGAGAGGAUUGCGGCCGUUCUUGGUGAUAAGGGACAUCUAAAUGCAGGAGAUAAUGUGGUGUUGCUCUAUCCACCUGGCAUUGAGUUAAUCGCUGCCUUCUAUGGCUGCCUGUAUGCGGGCUGUAUACCUGUGACGGUCAGACCUCCACAUGCUCAGAACCUCACGGCCACACUGCCCACUGUCCGAAUGAUUGUUGAUGUCAGCAAAGCAGCCUGUAUUCUCACCGGUCAGACCCUAAUGCGGCUACUGAGGUCCCGAGAGGCAGCAGCAGCAGUGGAUGUGAAAACCUGGCCAACCAUCAUUGACACAGAUGAUUUACCCAGGAAAAGGUUACCUCAGCUGUAUAAACCACCCACUCCUGAGAUGUUGGCAUAUCUUGAUUUUAGUGUCUCCACAACUGGCAUGCUUACAGGAGUGAAGAUGUCCCACUCUGCAGUGAACGCUCUGUGUCGAGCCAUCAAGCUCCAGUGUGAGUUGUACUCUUCUCGGCAGAUCGCCAUCUGCCUUGACCCUUACUGUGGACUUGGCUUCGCGCUCUGGUGUCUCUGCAGUGUCUAUUCAGGCCACCAGUCUGUCUUAAUUCCUCCUAUGGAGUUAGAGAACAACCUUUUCCUCUGGCUCGCCACGGUCAACCAGUACAAAAUAAGGGACACUUUCUGCUCCUAUUCAGUGAUGGAGCUCUGCACCAAAGGACUUGGCAACCAAGUGGAAGUGCUAAAGACCAGAGGGAUCAACCUCUCCUGCGUCCGGACCUGUGUGGUGGUGGCGGAGGAGCGGCCCCGCGUUGCACUCCAGCAGUCCUUCUCCAAGCUCUUCAAAGACAUCGGGCUGUCCCCGCGGGCUGUCAGCACCACUUUUGGAUCAAGAGUCAAUGUAGCAAUAUGUUUACAGGGAACCUCAGGGCCUGAUCCGACUACUGUGUAUGUGGAUCUGAAAUCACUAAGACAUGACAGGGUUCGUCUUGUGGAACGCGGCGCCCCUCAGAGUUUGCUUCUCUCGGAGUCUGGAAAGAUUUUACCUGGAGUGAAAGUGGUUAUUGUUAAUCCUGAGACCAAAGGGCCAGUUGGAGACUCUCACCUUGGAGAGAUUUGGGUGAACAGUCCCCAUACAGCCAGCGGCUACUACACCAUCUAUGAUAGUGAGACUCUUCAAGCUGAUCAUUUCAACACUCGCCUCAGCUUUGGAGAUGCGGCUCAGACACUCUGGGCUCGGACAGGAUACCUUGGUUUUGUCCGCCGGACUGAGCUCACAGCGGCCACUGGAGAGCGUCAUGAUGCAUUGUAUGUGGUGGGAGCGCUGGAUGAAACACUGGAGCUGAGAGGAUUACGAUACCACCCGAUUGAUAUUGAGACCUCGGUGUCCCGGAUCCACAGAAGCAUUGCUGAAUGUGCCGUGUUCACGUGGACCAACUUGCUUGUGGUGGUUGUGGAACUGUGCGGCUCUGAACAGGAAGCCCUAGAUCUGGUCCCGUUAGUGACCAACGUGGUCCUGGAAGAGCAUUACCUCAUCGUUGGCGUCGUGGUUGUGGUGGACCCAGGCGUCAUCCCGAUCAACUCCAGAGGAGAGAAGCAGAGGAUGCACCUCCGUGAUAGCUUCCUAGCUGACCAGUUAGACCCCAUCUACGUGGCUUAUAACAUGUAACCAGCUUUGUGGGGACUGCAGGGGGCCAUUCUGAAGAAUCACAAAGACAGAAGACCUCUGGCUAGGAGCAGGCUUUCAAACGAUGUGAAAUAAGCUGAGAUGGCUACAUGAUAUUCUUCAUCUCAUCCUGUGGGAUUCUGCAAUCAUAAAACACACAGGAAAGGGGAAUUCUGUGCGGGCAAAUGAAAAAAAUGUUAACAUUUGGUAGACAUGUGCUUUGAUAUAGCGUGAGCAGCACGUUACUAAAGCAAUUACAUGCAUGUUGCAUUUUUUUCAUCUGUUGUACAUACUUGUAUUUUUAUCUAAUGCCGUUUUAGAAUUUUCUAAGAGAAUUUAAUGAAUUCACAUGAAAGGGGUAGUCUGAGUGACACAGUUCCCCACUCCGUACUGUAUUUGCCAUUCUGCCGUAGCUAGAUGUUCUGUGGGGUUUGUUAACAUGGAACUACUCAGCUUUCUUUCAGUCAACCCAUAAGCAAAUCAGAUAACCCACUGACUAUGAGAAUUACUUUAUAUAGAUAAUUAUUGACUGUAAAACAUUUUGACUAGUGUCUUACAACAUGUACAUAAGAAUACACAUAAUUCAGGUAGAGAUUUGAAGAAUUGGCUUGUAUAGUUAUAACAACCACAGUAGAAACAUUUCUACAUUGAGAGAAUUUCAAUAUUCUCUUAAUGUUGUGUAAUUGAUUAGGUGACUAAAAAGUGCAAAUUGUUGGCAGGUUUUGCUGCACAUUGUUCUAUGUCUUUGUUGGCUGGUAUAUUUUAUAAACUAGAGCUGCCUAUGUUUGUUUUUAAAGCUCACAUUCCCGGAAUCAGCUUAGGCUUCUAUGAAUUCAGCUUGUUUCUAAAAGCUGAAAAUCUCAGUUUAAAAAUCAAAAUGUUAACACAAAGCUAAGAUUCAUCAGAGCCCACCCUAUUCUAAGGAACCACGAUAACUUACUCUGGCCCCAGUUUUAAAACGAUCUUUCAGAUUUAGAGUGACUAUGUAAGAAUUUAGGAUUUCCUCUUUUCCAGGCCCAUUGUAAACUGUGUCUACAGUUUAUCCAUAUAACUUCUCUUUUCUGAAAACUGAGGAGUGUCCUCUGUUCUUCCAGUUCAUGAGGGCAGGGGGUUUAAAACAAGAAUGAUAGGCCAGGAAGGCAGUGGGGAUCCACCGUCACAUGGAACUGUAAGGCCAUAUAACUACACAAAACUGACCAAUCUGGGUUGCCAAAGCAGCCAGGCUUAUGCUGAAACCGGGGAAGUCUGACGUAUGCAGGAAAUUCUUUUGAAAUAACUGUGGUGCCCAGGCCAAGCAGAAUGAGACAGGACUGAGUUUGGCCUCUGACUCGGUUUCCUUUCUUUGGUCUGAUACUUCAUGUAUUUGAAUAUAGUUAAAUCUUAUUAUUUUUUUCUUAACAGAAAUAUUUUUAAAAAUGAAAAAGUACUCAAAAGUGAAAAGAGUUAACUUGUUAAAGCAGAAUGGUUCUCUUUGACCCACUCUGGUCUAUUGUGUAAAUAUUUAGACUAUUUUAGUAAUACAUAUUAUUUACCCCACUGUAACAUCAUGUAAACUAAGUAUGUUUUUAAACAAUUUUUAAGACUUGUAAUUACCCUGAAAAUAAGGUUUAUAAUGCAAAGACCAGCUCCUUUGCGGUGGCAGUGCUCUGGGGCUGCCAUUACCCGGCCUUCUGACUAAAAGCCACUUUGUGACUCCCUUCACGUAAUCCUCUUUUCCUCCCCACUCCUCCACAGAGGGCAGAGCUCAGGACAUUUGCCAGUUCCAGAUCUCUUUUUCAGCAUUUCGAUGGAAUUAAUUUACACGUGAUGAGGGAAGUCCUAGGAUGGACAGAAAAAAAAGCACUUACAUUGGGGCACCCAGGAAAUCCCAGUGUCUAGCGAUGGUUUGGUUUGCAGAGAACACAGCCUGAUACUUGGAAAGUAAUUUUCUUAAAACCAUUUUUAAUGAUUCACUAAACAAAGCAGGGGAUCCUGAAGCUAAUAUAAAUAAGUCUAGCUCUAUAAUCCCCAAGUUCUAAAAGUUAUGGUUAGAUGCUAUUCUGUGGGUUGCUUUGAUAAUUCUUACUAACACAGAUUAGGGUAUAGGCAUCUAGAGAUGCGUGGUCCACUGUAAAUACUAUAAUGAGAGCCACAUCUGUAAUUAAAUUUUUCUAGUAACCACAUUUUUUAAAAAUAAAAAGAAACCCAUGGUAUUGAUUUAAAUAUAUUUUAUUCAACCCAAUAGCUCGAAAACACUAUCAUUUCAACAUAGGAUCAAUAUAAAAAUUAUUAAUGAGGUAUUUUACUUUUUUUCAUAUUAGGCCUUUGAAAUUCAGUGUGCAUUAAACACAUCUCAGUCCAAACCAUCGCCAUAUUUCAAGUCUUUGUAGCCAAAUGUGACUAGUGGCUAUCAUAUUAGACAGUGCAGAUGUAUACUCAUUCCUUCAAAUACAUUACUCCGUUAAUCUCAAAGUGUGGCCAACUCCCAGUUACUUAGAGGCUGAUUAUCUAGUUUUGUAGCUCCUCAGGCCUCUAAUUUAUUUUUUGCUUUCUGCUUUAUUGAUUUUUUGCAUGUCCCCCAAAGCCAGAAUCUGCUCAUGGAGGAAGGAAGGCUAAGAACUGUCCUUGAGGAACUUCAUCAGUAACUCUGGGAAAGCAUCCUGUGGAGGGAGAGGAGAGCCCAGUCAUUUGCUUAGAUGGUGUUUGUGGGAUCACCUGCAGAUUUAAAGUCUACUGUGCCACAGACUCGAGUAAGAAAAUGUUCUCUUGAUGACACAGUGCUCCUUCUCUAUCCACAUUAAGUAGCACUUUUGUGGUGGAACUGAUUCUUAAGGCAGGCCUGAAAGGCCAUUACUAAUAGAAACACAGCCUUUCCAAUCCUCUGGAACAUAUUCUGUCUGGGUUUUUAAUGUCUGUGGAAAAAAACUAAACAAGCCCCUGUCUCAGUUAAGAGAAAUCUCUUGGUCUGAAGGUUUCUGAACCUCUUUCUAGUUCUCAGCAGAAGUAACUGAAGUAGAUCAGGAAGGGGCUGCCUCAGGAAAAUUCCUAGGCCCUAGGAAUUCACUGAGACCCUGGGAAGGACCAGCAUGCUAAUCAGCAUCAGUGAAUCCACAGUCUUUACUUCCUGCCUCACAAAGGGCCAGGUCUCCCCAGUGCCAGGUCCUUUCCUCAUGAAGUUGUGUUGCCUCAGGCUGUUUAGGGACCAUUGCCUGUCUUGGUCACUUGAGUCUGUCUCCUUACUUUAGUCCCUGGGCAAUGCUUGCUUAAUGCUUUUGUUGACUCAACAAGGGCCGAGGCCUUAGGUUUUCUAUUAAGGUCUCUGCCCCAGGCAUGGUGCUCUAUAUCUUGGCCAAAUAAAUUACUUUCCUUGAAUAUCCAGGAAUCUUUUAGACUAAAGCAAUGAGGAGUUAUCACCUCAUCCUCAAACUCCAACAAGAUCUAUGCCUUAGUGUUGUUUUUGUUGUCUGCUUUGAUGUAAAAGCAACAGUAUUUGGAGCAAGAAGCUGCAGUACUCCAAAUACACAAUAGGCCUUUUCUUUAUCAUUCAUACAGCAUUUCUGGUUUAGGUGUAUGUAGAUGGGCCAUGUUAUUUGUCCAGAGGAAGAGACUGUAAAGAUACAAGAAUAAUUUUUUAGUCCUAAAUGCUGUUUUGUUUACUUUCUGUCAAGAUAUUUACCCGUGUCAAAUUCAAACUACAGUACUGUGUAAUUAUGUAUAAAGUUUUUUUAUUUAUUUGAAGUUAGACUAGAUAUACAUUUUUAAAUUUAACAUCUGGCUGGACAGUGUUCUAUUAACUCAUUGAAUGUGUUUCCUUUGUCUUGUGUUAAUAAAUAUUGAUGCCUGA